AUGGCAAAAGGUGACAAGCUCACUAAACUGGAAACUCCAAUGACUGAAUUAGAAAGAGAAGAGAUGAAGAACAAGCCUUACUCUAGGCUUGUUGGCAGCCUGAUGUAUGCACAAGUGUGCACCAGGCCUGACCUUGCUUUUGCAGUUGGUAUGCUAGCAAGAUUUCAAUCAAAUCCAGGGAAUGCUCACUGGAUAGCUGGUAAGAAAGUUCUGAGAUACCUACAAAAGACCAAAAAUCACAUGCUUGUUUAUAGAAGAGUUGAAAAUCUAGAAGUUGCAGGAUACACAGAUUCUGACUUUGCUGGGAAUUUUCCAUCUUCAAAGAAAUCUACUUCAGGCUAUGUUUUUGUACUUGCUGGUGGAGCAGUGGCUUGGAAGAGUGUGAAGCAAACCAUUACAGCAACAUCAACCAUGCAGGCUGAAUUCAUUGCCAUUUAUGAAGGAGUGUGUCAAGGACUUUGGUUAAAGAAUUUUCUCUUGCAGACCAAAGUUGUUGACUCCAUUAUUUCUGGACCAUUAAAAUUUUUUUGUGAUAAUACAGCUGCUGUGUAUUUCACCAAAAAUAACAAGAGGUCUACAAACUCCAAACACAUUGACUUGAAGUAUUAUAGUGUGAGGGAAAGAGUGAAACACAGAGAGCUAGAGGUUGCAAAUGUUGGCACUCUAUCUCAGCUAGCAGACCCCUUCACCAAAGCCUUGCCAAUUGUUGCUUUUCAGAAACACAUUAAGAGCAUUGGAGUUUUAGCAAAUUUUGAUUGUUAA